AUGUCCCGUGGCAGCACGCCGGGAAGUUCGCCGCGCGAAAGCGAGGCCCUCUCGCCGCGCGACAGCGACGACCUGGGAGGAGGGAUGUGGGAGCAUUCGCGCAGCGGCCGAGUGUUCUUUGGAGGCGACUCGAGCAGCGGCGCCGACCUCUCCUGCGAUGCGACGGAACGGCCACCGACCGAGGCCUCAGUCUUGGGCAGCUGGCUGCAUGUCGGCAAGCAUGGACACCGGGCCAGCGUCUCUGGCACACGGCACAACCUGUCCGCCUGUAUGUGA